AUGCCCCCCAACAUAUCGGGAUCCUCAAGGCCAAGCUCUCGCAAUCUGGAUCCUCCAAGACGGCCACUCAACAGAGGUGAAUCCCAUCCAGAUUUCUACCAGGACCGUAGCGAGCCGCCUGGAUCACUUCCUGAGCCACACAGAUACGCUCAAGUGUCUGCAGUGGAAUUGACAGAUCAGCUUUUUCACAUGCAUGACCAAGGAGCUGAAGUGUCACCCGCUGCUCAUAGCGAUACUUCUGCUUUGCCUGGUGGCGCCUUUCUGAGCAGUCGAACCCUCGGUAGCAGGGGAAAUGGAGAGCAUACUAGCCUUACUGCGCACUUCCCUGGCUUGGACCUUCCGUCCCGUCCGGUUUGCGAUUUUCUACUCGGAUCUUACUGGAGAUCGGUGCAUUGGUUCAUGAUACUCUUCCACCAUCCGUCAUUUGAACAGGAAUACAAACAGAUUCUUGACAAUCAAGCUGUGACUUCUCGACAGGAAGGCACGGCAGUCUUGAUUCUGAUGGUACUUGCGAUGGGCGCUAGAUACGCUUCUGACGAACAGAGCUCGAAAAUCGGGUGGUCAAGGUAUGAGCUGCUAUCACUGCAGGAAAAUAUGAUUAAACAAGUUCGAUUGCACUUUUUUGAUGUGCUUGACACCGGGGGGGUAGAAUGUGUGCAGUUGUGCAUCUUGCUCAGCACGUAUCAUCUAUACAACGGGAAACCGAACCUGGCAAUGCCAAUACUGGGCGCAGGGAUAAGAAGCGCCCAAGUACAAGGGUUACACAAAGAGAAUCUUUGGGGUCCUGCAACUGAAGUUGUUUUCGAGGUUCGCAAGAGAACAUGGUGGGCUCUAUACGUUCUCGACAGCUUUGCCUCAAUUACAUAUGGUCGGCCCCCGUUAAUCAAUGAUACUCAUUGUGCUGUGAGUAUGCCGCGAGAUAUGAACGACUGCUUGGCAGUUCACCCAUUAUUAAGCUCUACUGUGGAGCGUACUGCUCAUUCGCCCGGCCCUGCUACACUGGGUGCUUAUCAGCGGCACAAAUUUGAACUCUACACCACUGCUAGUUCCAUCAUCGGCAUUAUUUAUGAUCUCAACCAAUCAAAUUGGGAAAAUGCGGUGGAUCUGGCCUCGAAAAUAAAUACCAAACUGGUCGAAUGGUUUGACAGACUGCCUAUAGAACUGAAGCUCGAGAGCCAUGUUGAUCUGGACAUGUCAGACUUGACUGAACCUGAAGUUGAGGUCUGCCAGCUGUAUCAUCUUCAGGCGUUAGUUCUUCAACUGGCGUAUGAUAAUAUCCAAAUUAUCUUGCAUCGUCCAUUUCUUCGAUAUGCUCAGAACACCCAUGCAGCAGCAUACAUUGCGAUCCAGAAUUUUACCGCGGGUGUGACUUUGGGCAUGGUGGCUCUCUCCGACCCCGGAUCGGAACAAUCAUUGGAUGCUAAAAGAGGUGUCGCAAAUUCCAUCUCGCUGCAACAAACGCUUGCACAAUCAUCUGUCGUCCCAUCACAGACGGUCAGGGUUCUGGAAGGUUUGUUCCAGCUGAUUUUUAAACGUGAAAUGCAGACUUUACUUGGGGACUCGCGUUUUGAAAUAAGCAACCCAAGGCCGAGAGAUAGGCUGCAAACUCGAAAGUCUAACCGUGAAACAUAUGGGGGCUCUCAGCACUCUGACUUACACAACAACGGUCAUCUCAAUCAAGCUUCCGUGAACCAAGAUCAAGAGACCACGGAGCUUUUGUCAAGAAACAUUGGGCCCCAAAAUGCCUCUUGCACUCCUGAAACGAACACUGUGGUCAAUCCCGAUUUAGGGCAGGAUACUGCUGGUUCAACUUUUUACUCCGCCAUUGACGAAGCACUGGAGUCUGUACAGCAAGUACUAUGGGAGAACUCCGAUCCAAUUACGUACACAGGCAAUUAUGUUUCGCCUACGACCGGCCCGCACUUCAAUGCGUAUUCCAGACAGCAGCCUCCUACAACCGUGUUCCCGGAACUAGACAAUCCAUUGUCUUCUACAAGUCCGAUGGCUUCAAUGGCCGACCCUGCCAGUCAAGGACUCAAUACCCUUAACAACUCGCUUCUUGGUCAAGGUUGGAUAUGGAAUCCAACAGAUUUCUUUCAAUGA